GAGAAUUCGGUGUUUGGACACUGCAUAGCUAAGUUGAGCGAGCUCGCACCUCCUCUCUCUCGCCGCUCCGCCUUGCUCCGCGUCCUAGGCAUUCUCACCUCCGUCCUUCUUUUAUCUUCUAUAUUUUCACCGCCAACGCUCCUGGCGGUGCUUUAAGGAGGAUUAACCAGUAAGCCGACUCAAAAGAAGUAGUGGUGGGGGUGCUAAUGGCGGCCACGGCAGCCUCCUACAUCACCGACGGUCCUGUCCUCAGCCUUAUUAACAAGCGUAUCCGUGGCCUCCGCAAGAAAUACAAUCGUAUUUUGCAGAUGGAAGAGUCUAUUUCUCAGGGCAAAUCAAUCAACAAGGAGCAAGAAGAAGUCCUUCGUUCGAAACCCACCGUUUCGGCUCUUAUCGACGAGCUGGAGAAAUUGCGCCAACCUCUUUCCUCUGCCGUGAAGGAAGAAGUCCAUCUUGCCCUUCAGAAUAAUCAAAUCUCCCUGGCUUCCCAACCACUUGAAGAAAAUCACCAGAAAUCCGACGAACCAGAGUCUAAGAAAGAAGACUUGGACCACGUUGUGUUGGAAGAUAUUAUUAAUCUGCUCUAUUUUGGGUCCUUGUUUGAUGUGAAGUCGCAGAAUGAUUUCACCUCGACGAUGCUGACGAGAACUCAUGAGCGAGGAUGUUGCUUGACCUACGAUUAUGUAACCGAUGACGCCACCGAUCUACUUGGAGAGAAGGAUUUGGAUUUGAUUGCUAUGCUGAGUAGUCAAUUAAUGUCGCGGCCUGCAGAUUCAAGUUUAUCCCACAAAAACGCAUUGCAGCAGUGCGUAGAGCACGCGAAGCCAUGGCUCGCGAAGGCAGAGCAGCCCAUUGAGCCGAAUGUUGAUGUUACGUAUGCGAAUUUGAGGGAGAAGUUGAAUAAGAUCAUGUCUUCAGAAUACUUCACCACCUCCCCUGAGAUGAAAGCUCCGGUUGAAGUUGCUGCUUCUGCUGCGGCUGGAAACUACGCAUCUUUCCAAGUGCCACUACAUGAUACCAUGGUAGCUACUUCAGUUCCCGUGGAAGUGGAUGGUGUGAUUUCUCAGUCUCAGGAAAAGAUCUUCCCAGAUAAGGUAGGCAUCUUCAGAGAAAGUGAUGCUUGCAGCGAUUUCCUUCGAGACAAAAUUAAUCAUCCAAGAAAAGAUGAUGACUAUGUUGCAUUUAUCCCAUUAAGCCUAAAAUUUCUCCUGAAGCAUUCUCUUCUACAAGAUCUGUUGACUAUCUUGAUCUUGUCUUGGCUUGAAGCACCAUCAUCAUUGCACGACUCCAGAUGUGGAUCAUUCUUCUUCAAAAUUAGGCAUGAUGUCCGGAAUGGCUUCUUGUUGGAUGCUGAUAAAGAUAAGUGGGGGACGAGGACGAUGACAGCAUGGAUCAGAGUUGAAUUACAAAUUAGAGCUAGAGACAAGGAUAUCAUGGUAGCUAGAUCAGGCGUCAUUGAAGGAGAUAAUGAUACCGUCAUUAAGCCACAUACAUUGACGAAGGGAAUAGUGGGUGGCUCUAAUGAAGAUAGUGAAGUGGUAGAUGCUUACAUGGCAGAAGUUGUCUUGGAUGCAAAUUUGAGCUUGUCGGAUUUCAUUGCGCUUGCUAGAUGA